ACAACGUGAUACGCUUCAAGCGAUACAACCAGAACGGCUUGACAACGCGCGCGGGCGCCGCUCGGCAAAAAAAUUGACUUGUGACACCCAUAAAUUAAAUUAACAAAGUAUUGAGCUAACAUAAUCAUAUUUCAAUUUUUUUAUUAAAUAUUAUUAUAAUUCGAUAUCCGAGGCCACUUAAGUUAUACAAAACAGAACUUCUCUACUUAUUAACUGGUGCCAUAAAUCUUACGUGAUUCGGAAAUAGCAAAUUUAGUUUUUUUUUGUUUGUAGAAGUAUAUUUAUGGAGCGACGUCGUAUAUCGUUUCAGUCAUUAUUAUUUUGCCACGGUGGACACUUCUGAUUAUAUAUAAGUGUAUAGAAGAUGGUGCAAGUGAGAGUGAGCGAGGGUGUACUGGAAGGGGAGCAGGUCCAGAAUGAGUAUGGAGGCUCGUUCUACAGGUUCAGGGGCAUACCUUACGCCCAGCCACCACUUGGAGAUCUUCGAUUUAAGGCACCACAGCCGAUUAAACCAUGGCAAGGGGUGCGACAGGCCAAACAGUUUGGCUCAGUAUGUUACCAGUACAACCCCACCAACCUUGGACUCUCAAACAUGAGUGAGGACUGCUUGUACGUGAAUGUUUAUACUCCAGACAUAAAACCUCAAACACCUAUUCCUGUAAUGGUUUGGAUCCACGGUGGAGGCUUCAUGUGGGGAAGUGGCAAUGACGAUCUCUACGGCCCAGAAUUUCUGAUCAGACACAAUGUAGUUCUAGUCUCAUUCAACUACAGGCUCGAAGCUCUCGGCUUUCUAUGCCUUGACACUGCAGACGCCCCCGGCAAUGCUGGCAUGAAGGAUCAAGUAGCAGCCCUUAGAUGGAUUAAAAAGAACAUUGCGAACUUUGGAGGCAACCCCGACAACAUCACAAUAUUUGGUGAAAGUGCUGGUGGUGGAAGUGUUUCCUAUCAUUUAAUAUCCCCAAUGUCCAAAGGCCUCUUCAAUAGAGCGAUCCCACAGAGUGGAUCUACCGCAUGUUUUUGGGCUACAGCAUUCGAACCAAAAGAAAAAGCCAUACUUCUUGCUAAGCAACUGGGUUUCCAUUCAGAGGAUUCAAAAGAAUUAUAUGAGUUCUUCAAAAAACAACCUUGUGAAAAUCUGGUCAAGUUAAACUUACAAGUAACAACGUCACAGAAGUCUUACGAAAUUCAUUUUAGUAUUGCAAAUGAGAAAGAUUUCGGACAAGAAAGAUUCUUUUAUGGCGAUAUCGUGGACGCAAUUAAAAACAAUUUACAAGAAGGUGUAGACAUUAUGACAGGGUACACAAAGGACGAGUAUACAAUAGCGGUGUCCAUCGGUGGACCGCUGGAGGAUAUGCUUGCAAAAGCUCAGAGAUACCGGGAAUUCUUCGCUCCGAAACUAUUACAAAACUACGGGACGAUAACCGAGCAGUUAGAAGCUGCACGAAAGUUACAAAAGUUUUAUUUCAAAAAUGAGAAAGUAUCAGAGGAUAAUAUUGAUAAUUUAUUGAAUUACAUGAGCGUUGAUAUGUUCGUUUAUGGCGUGAUGUUCGCUGCGAAGUUGUAUUCAAGGAAGAAUAAAGUAUACGUUUACAAAUUCAAUUGUUUCUCAGAGAGGAAUGCCCUCGCCAAUGCUUUUUGCGUCGGCCAUCUUACGGAGGAUCGGUCAGUAGUAAGUCAUGCGGAUGAUUUGGCAUAUCUCUUCCCAGUGAAACUUUUUACACAAAAAGUUAGUAAAACAUCGGACACAUUCAAACUGAUUGACAGGGUCACUAAACUUUGGACAAACUUCGCCAAAUACGGAAAUCCUACUCCAGAUGACAGCCUAGGAGCGAAGUGGCUCCCUUACACCUUAGCAGCUCAGGAUUAUAUGGACAUUGGCAACAAGCUGGUCCCUGGUAAUUCACCAGACAAAGAAGAGCUGGACUUCUGGGAAUCUGUGCUGCACCAGCACCUGCCUAAAUUUAGUACGCUAAACCAAUAAUGAUUUAACAUCAUCACAAUGGUGCCAGCAGAAUUAGCUACUCCAAACUGGUAUUGUGUAUUAACCAAUUUUGAAAUCUAUUUCUAUAAUUGUAGAGUUGACAGUGUAAUAAUGUUUUGGGUUAGCUUGAAAUGCUGGUGGCUGGUACAGACGAAAACAAAUUUUAAUUUUAAGUAUUACUAUAGGUUUUUACUUCAUAAGAAUUGUUAAAAGACUAACUCUAAUUAGUGUAAAGAACAUUAAUAUAUUAAAUGCAAGCAAAUAUUUUGUCAUAAGUGUUACAUACUUCAUAAUUGCACAUAAUGCUAUGUUAUCUUUUAACAACUAAUAUAAAUUAAUAAAGUGACAUGUUUAUUUACUUUUCUUUAUAAUACUUUAUCUAUCAUAACACCACAUAACAUCACGCCUUUUACCCCCAAAGGGGUAGGCAUUGGUGCACAUUACGGCAAAUAACGCCA